ACUCUGUUGGGCCCUCCUCCCUCCUUCCUUGCUUGUCUCUCCCUGCCGACUGCUGAUUCACUCUCACAUGUUGGCCGCUCAGUGAAGAGAGUUUGUUGCCUGUGCACCUGUUCUCACCUGAUAUAGCCUUUAAGAAUAAGAGUAAAACCAAAAAGAGGGAAAUGGGACUGUACUUAAAAAUCACAGCAGGCCUCCUUCUGCUUAUCCAGGCCUUUCACCUGGCAUCGCUCCAAGAAUCAACCGACUCUCCGGGGCGGACAAUUGAUAAAAGCUGGCUCCGUGCUGGCUUACCCAAAAAUACAGCUGGAAACCAAAAUGCUGCAGUUACUGAAGAGGAGACAGAGUUUGAUCAGACACCUGAUGCAAAUGCUAUAUAUGAGUCAAGUAAUGAAUUCAGCAGUGGGAUAGCAUCUGGCUCCAUGACAGUAGGAGAAGGCGAGGAGAAUGUGGCUGGCCAAGAUAUGGGUGCAAAUGAAACAUCUGAUAAUCUGUCUACUGUCAAUACCACCGUGGCUCCCACAUAUCCCACAAAUGUUACAACCGAUCAACCUGAUUUGCCAGACGCCACCAUUUCUCCAGCUAAUGCCACUUCAGAUCUCACAAACUCAAGUCGGAUCAACAUUACAGGAGCCGAGGAAGAAUUUCAUAACUCGACCAUGACCCCUCAAAACUCCACAACUCAUCUAAGCGCACCAAACUCCACCAGCUCUUCAGCUAACUCCAAUCGCACGGAUUUGCAGACAACCACAUUGGCUCCAGAGAGAAAUGCUACUCAAGAAUCCACAACGAAAUCCGACACAGGUACAGGGUUAACUAAUGCUACCGGAUCUACCAACACAACAACUGUAACAACCACGAGGAAGCCAGAGAUAAAGGAGACAUCCACCACAUUUACCACCACAUCUUCAUCUACAACCGUGUUCCCAUCCGACACCACAGAAACGAGCCCUGCGACUACAACUCCCGCUGCUCCGAUCACACCUGAGAAGGCCAACAAUACAGACAGAGAUGCAGCCUCGAGGGGCAGCGCAGAAAGAGGUUUGGCAACGGGGACCAACAAGAAUAAACGAAACGAAGCGUGGGGAGCUGUUCUGGGAACGGCGGUGGCUGUGGCCAUUGUGGGACUGGUAGCCUACAUCAUCCUGAAGAAGAAACAGCAGAAGGGUUUCUCUCACACUAAACUGGUUGAGGAGUAUCCUUCAGCCCCAGUUAUCAGAUUAGACAACAACGAACCUUUGGACUUGAACUUUGGUGGUUUGGCCUAUUACAACCCAGGACUCCAAGGGGACAACAUCCAAAUGACCAACUUUCCAGGACGCCGCUGAAACUGAAAAGACUCCCAAGACCAAAUUCAUGAACUCCCUUGAAAGAAAGUCGGCCAAAUUGGCAUCUGAUAAACAACCUAUAGUGCUGAGUUUGUAAAUAAGACAUUUGUGGAAGGUUAAGGCGCUUGUGAAAUGGUGCAUUGUGUUGAAUAGAUUUAUUGCAAUAGAGGGAUCACUGAAGGCAAUCUAUCUGAACUACACUGUAACAGCCAAAAUUAACUACUUGUCAGACAUUUAUUUAUGUUGCCAAAGGGUAUCAAAUCAAAUCUUUCAUAAUGAAGAAUAUGCUUUGCAGUCAAUGAAUGAUGUAAAAAAUUUAUAUUUUUUUUAUAACUUUUGUUUUAACUUUUAAUCAGCUUGAAUAGGAGCACACUCCUACAGCUAAAGAGAAGAAACCAGAAUGUGACUCCUGCUGAUGCAAAAAACAUUUGUUGAACAAAAAGUGCUGUUGUUCUGCUGCCUAAACAACAGAUGACACAGCUGGCCCGAUGAGCCGUUUGUAACAAAAUUCAGAAACCACGGUGAACAAUAACAUUAUCCAUAUCAACAAUCACCUGCUGUUAUGAAAUAGGGAAGGCAAUAAAAAGAUGCAUUUGAACUGCGCUCGCAGAUAUUCCACAACUCAGUCAGGCAGUCACAUCGAGGGAUGUGGAGAGAGGCUGGGUGCUGUUUUGUUAUUCAUAGACUGAGAUUUUGGUAUUGAGGAAGGGAGUCGUGUAUUUGGUCUUACUCCGUAGAAACAUCAUAAUAUCAUCAUAAUAUACCGCUUAAAUCUUCUGACCUCCAGGUGUCCAAACAGAGAUUUGAGUUUCUCGUAGCGACAGUGUGCACCCUGGAGAGUUACAUAGUGCUUACCUGCCGCAUACUUAGAGCAAAAUUAGAAUGUGCCUGAUGUUGAAUGUUUUUUCAAACUUUAUUUUUUCAUUGUUAUUCUUUUUCUAAGUUCGCUUCAACUUUGAGCGACAACCUUCAGCAAGAAACGUCUUUUGACUGAUACAUUGUGGUUGGGCAAGAAAGAAUAAGCAGGGAUUAACUACGCUCUCUCCUCUUUUUAUGUAUCUAAAGCCUUUGUACAGUAAAAUCAAAUUCACAAUUGUUUAUUUUUAUGUAACCUUUCUUACUGUACUUUGUUAUAUAGUUAUAUAACUGUAUAUGUGAAGAAAAUACAUCUAUUCAGCUCCCUCGAUCCUUUCACUCAUCAUUAGCUGAGUGAAGCCCACACUUGAUCAAUAUCAUCUCGACCUAAACAGGAGGCGGCAGGUCUACUUCCUUCUUUGCGCUAAUUUCAGACAUCAAUCAGCCAACAAGCAAUUCGUCUGACUGAGAGAGGAGUGUUAAAGAAUCACUGAUUACUGCAGAAACAAUGCAGGACAGAUGGAUAAUGGAAGACUUCUACAUCGGUUACCACUGCCUGUAAAAUAGUAAUGAAAUUUGAUGAUGAUGCCUUAAUAAAAAACCAAACCCCAAAUAA